AUGUUCCCGCCGCAACAGGGCAUCACGCUCGACAUCGAAGCUCUCUCCGGCAUCUGCGGCUCCAUCUCCAUCGCCUGCUGGGUCGUGGUCUUCUCGCCCCAGAUCAUCGAGAACUUCCGGCGCGGGUCGGCCGAGGGCCUGUCGAUCGUCUUCAUCGUGGUGUGGCUGGCCGGCGAUGUCUUCAACAUCCUCGGUGCCGUGCUGCAGGGCGUGCUGCCCACCAUGAUCAUCCUGGCCAUCUACUACACCCUGGCCGACAUCGUGCUGCUGGGCCAGUGCUUCUACUACCGCGGCUUCACCUUGACCGACUACGUGAAGCCCGCGCAUCUGCAGAACGGCGACGCCGAGACGCGCCCCUUGCUGCACAGCGGCUCGGUGACCCAGCCGCCGUCGCGCGACGAGCAUGAGCGGUCGUCGUCCAUCUCGCACCUCCGACACCACCUGUCGCUGGAAGGCGCCCACCUGUCGCCCGUGACGCCGCUGCUCGAUCCGCCCAAGCCCACCGACCCGCCCGCGGUGCGGAACAUGCGCCCGACCACCGUGUGGCAGGCGGCGGUGCUCAACACGUUUGCGAUCCUCCUCGUCUGUGCCGCCGGGGUGUUUGGGUGGUGGAUCGGCGCACAGAAGCAGCACCGCCACCACCACCACCAGCCCCAACAGCCGGACGAGCCGCCACCGCCGCUAGAGUUUGACGUGCUGGGCCAGAUCUUCGGGUACCUGUGCGCCGUGCUCUACCUGGGCUCGCGCGUGCCGCAGCUCCUGCUCAACUACAAGCGGAAGAGCACCGAGGGGGUGUCGUUACUGUUUUUUCUCUUUGCGUGCAUCGGCAAUUUGACCUACGACAUGUCCAUCUUUGCGUACUCGCCCGUCUGCCAGCAGCCGGGCCACUGUCGGCCGGGGGAGGCGAGGUCCAUUUAUCUGCGGUACAUUGCCGUCAAUGCGAGCUGGAUCGCCGGCAGCUUAGGCACGCUGUUGCUGGACAUGGCCAUCUUUGUGCAGUUCUUCAUGUACCAGAAAGACGAGGACGAUGAAUCCGACUCUGCCGUGGUGGAUUAG